CUCUCAGUUGCUCUCAGCUGUGGACCUGGGAUCAACUCUGCUCUUUGCUCCCCCCCACUCGGCUUCCCCCACAAGAUUCACUCACUCCCUCACUCCGCCUCCUCUCAUCCUUGGAACCUAGCUUGUCUCUAGUUCCAGCUGCUGCUGCUGCUGCUGCUGCUGUCCACUCCCCAUCUCAUCCAGCUCCCCUUCCUUCUGCUGCCCCCUGGAAAGCUCCAGCCCCAGAGACCCACCCACACCCAGUGACUCCUCUGCCUGGAAAGGUGGCUGCCCCCUGCAUUCCUCCUUCUAGCCAUGAACUGGUGCCCAUUAAGACUGAGAGUGCACCGAAGAAUGUAGUAGAUACGGGGGAAGGAGCCUUCCGAGGUGGAAGCACACCCAAGAGCCUCGAGCAAGAAGGCUCCACUAAAAUCACCAAGAGCCCCCAGCUCCGGCCCCAGACUGUCAGGAAUAUGAGCAUCAGCCAGACCAUGGAGGACAGCUGUGAAUUGGAUCUAGUGUACGUGACGGAGAGGAUCAUUUCCGUCUCUUUCCCCAGCACCACUGAUGAGGAGAACUUCCGAAACAACAUCCGGGAGGUGGCCCAAAUGCUCAAGUCCAAGCACGGGGGCAAUUACCUGCUUUUCAACCUGUCUGAGCGGAGACAUGACAUCACGAAGCUCCACUCCAAGGUGCUGGACUUUGGUUGGCCUGACUUACACACUCCUGCCCUGGAGAAGAUCUGCAGUGUUUGUAAGGCCAUGGACACGUGGCUCAAUGCCAACCCCCACAAUGUUGUGGUCCUACACAACAAGGGAAACCGAGGCAGGACUGGAGUUGUCAUCGCUGCUUACAUGCACUACAGCAAUAUUUCCGCCAGUGCAGACCAGGCCCUGGAUCGAUUUGCCAUGAAGAGAUUCUAUGAGGACAAAGUGGUUCCUGUGGGGCAGCCAUCCCAGAAGAGGUACGUCCAUUACUUCAGUGGGCUGCUCUCUGGUUCCAUCAAAAUGAACAACAAGCCUUUGUUCCUGCACCAUGUCAUCAUGCACGGCAUCCCCAACUUUGAAUCCAAAGGAGGCUGUCGACCCUUCCUCAGGAUUUACCAGGCCAUGCAACCUGUCUACACUUCUGGAAUCUACAAUGUCCAAGGAGACAGCCAGACCAGCAUCUGUAUCACCAUUGAGCCUGGAUUGCUUCUGAAGGGAGACAUCUUGCUGAAAUGUUACCACAAAAAGUUCCGAAGCCCAGCCCGGGAUGUCAUAUUCCGAGUUCAGUUCCACACCUGUGCCAUCCACGACCUGGGGGUCGUCUUUGGGAAGGAGGACCUCGAUGAUGCUUUCAAAGAUGAUCGGUUUCCAGAGUAUGGCAAAGUAGAGUUUGUAUUUUCCUAUGGCCCUGAGAAAAUUCAAGGAAUGGAACAUCUGGAGAAUGGGCCAAGUGUAUCCGUGGACUAUAACACCUCUGACCCUCUCAUCCGCUGGGAUUCCUAUGACAAUUUCAACAUGCACCGAGAAGACAGCAUGGAAGAAGUGGUGGGACACACCCAAGGUCCACUGGAUGGGAGUCUCUAUGCCAAAGUGAAGAAGAAGGACUCUCUGCACGGCAGCACAGGUGCGGUCAACGCUAUCCGCCCCACCCUCUCAGCCACCCCCAACCACGUGGAGCACACCCUGUCAGUGAGCAGCGAUUCAGGGAAUUCCACUGCCUCCACCAAGACUGACAAGACUGAUGAGCCGGCGGGUCCACCUAAUGCCCCUGUAUCCCUGAGCCCUGAGGAGAAGCGGGAGCUGGAGAGGCUGCUGAGUGGUUUUGGCUUGGAGCGGGAGAAGCAAGGGCCCAUGUACCACGCCCGACAGCACCUGUCCCGCCAGCAUGGGGGACCUGCUGCCCCCUCUUCCGGACGCCAUGUUGUCCCUGCCCAGGUCCACGUCAACGGUGGGGCCCUGACAUCUGAGCGGGAGACAGACAUUCUGGAUGAUGAGCUGCCCAACCAGGAUGGGCACAGCGUAGGCAGUCUGGGCACUCUGUCCUCCUUGGAUGGGGUCACCAACACCAGCGAGGGAGGCUACACCGAGGCUAUGUCUCCACUGAUCAAUGGCCUAGACAAGCCGUACCCAGCAGAGCCUAUGGUUAAUGGCAGCAGCUACCCCUAUGAAACCCAUGCCCGGGCUCCUCUCACUCAGACGAUCCAUGGGGCCCCCAUGCGACCCUCAUUUUCAGCCCAGGAGGGCCUCUCUGGGUACCAGCGAGAGGGCCCACACCUGGGAUGGCAGCAGUCGAUGACUAAUCCCCACUACGGUUAUGAUGCCAAUGGGAUGUUCCGCUCUCAGUCCUUUCCAGAAACUGAGCCUCAGUUGCCCCAAGCUCCAGCCCGUAGUGGGAGUAGUCGAGAUGCAGUGCAACGGGGACUGAGUUCUUGGCAGCAGCAGCAGCAGCAGCAGCAGCAGCAGCCUCGUCCACCUCCACGCCAUCAGGAGAGAGCUCGCUUAGAGAGCCACACACCCAGCAGGCCCAGUCCCCAGCCUCAGGUGGAGGCUUCAACCUCUGGCCUCCCUGAGUUCCCCAGGGCAGCCUCACAGAAGGAGAUUGAGCAGUCUAUAGAAGCACUUAACAUGCUAAUGCUUGACCUGGACCCUGCCUCAUCCACCUCCCCCUUGCACAAGUCACAGAGCGUCCCUGGGGCCUGGCCAGGGACUUCUCCCCUUGGCUCUCAGCCUCCUCCUGGCCUCUCCCUUCAGUCGCAACCUCUGGCCCAGUCAAGAUCUGGCUAUAUCCCGAGGGGACAUCUCCAGGGAACACCUGAACCAGCUGCCCGCACCUCCCUGGAGUCUGCCUCACCUGGGAGGCCAUACUCUCCCUAUGAUUACCAGCCAUCUUCAGCCAGCCAGAGUUACCAGCCCAGAAGUCCAGCCUCUUCUCCUUCUUCUUCUGCUUUCCCAGCUUCCUCAAGCCCUCCAGGACCUCGCCAACCUCCAGCAACUCUCCCUGGCCUCACAACCCAACCUCAACUGCCCCCAAAGGAGACUGGUUCAGAUCCAUCCCGGACCCCUGAGGAAGAGCCCUUGAAUCUAGAGGGGCUGGUGGCUCACAGGGUAGCAGCGUACAACGCCAAACUCCAGGGUAUCAAGAAGAGUGCCAUAUCCUUGCAUUCUCCUCUCCACCGGCAGAGAUCUUCUUCCCACUCUGGGGUACAGGCUCGAGAAAAGCAGACAACAGAGCCUCCUCCCCCACUCCGGAGACGAACAGCCAGUGAUGGGCAGUAUGAGAACCAUUCUCCAGAGCCCACUUCCCCUCGGAGUCCUGGGGUGCGGUCACCAGUCCAGUGUGUUUCCCCAGAGCUGGCCCUCACCAUUGCCCUCAAUCCAGGAGGACGGCCCAAAGAGCCCCAUCUGCACAGCUACAAGGAGGCAUUUGAAGAAAUGGAGGGGGCCGCUCCGGCCAGUCCACCUCCCAGCGGUGGUGAGAACUCUCCCCCAACCCCUGACUUCCCUGUGUCGCCUCAAAACCCUUAUGUCAACCUGAGCCUGUUGCGCUCUCCUCCAGGCCUUGCCAAGACACCCCUUUCUGCCCUGGGCCUGAAACCCCACAAUCCAGCGGACAUUCUGCUCCACCCCACAGGAGAGGAAGAUGAGGAGAAGGUGGUAACUGAGUUCUUUGAAGAGCCUAGGAGUUAUGUCGAAUCUGUGGCUCGAACAGCUGUGGCUGGACCCCGAACCCAGGACAUUGAGCCCAAGAGCCCAACUCUCUUAACUACACAGACUUAUGGUUCUGAGACACCGCUGAGGAAUGGAACUCUGGGCAACUCUUUUGCCCCGCCCAGUCCCAUCUCAACCAGCAGUCCCCUCCUUGGCACUGACAGCACAUCUGUGGGGAGUUUCCCAUCAGCAGAAAGCAGCGGCCUAGGCCCCAGGACACCCACCCAACCUGUGUCAGAUGCUAGCUUCCACUCUGGCAGCCUAGGGCAACCUUCUUCUUCUGCCCAGAGUAGUUACCAGAACACCUCCCCGACCCUACCAGCUGUCACAAGUGGUCACCGGAGCCCUGACUACUUUUCUCCAGACAGCCGCCCUCAGUCUCAGUUCACCGUGGCUGGUGUCCAUACUCUGCCUGGGAGCCCUCAGACUCUCCACCGGACGGUGGGGACCAACACUCCUCCUAGCCCAGGCUUUGGUCGGCGAGCAGUGAAUCCUGGCAUGGCGACCUCUUCACUUGGUAGUCCUGGUCUGAGCCGCCGCCAGGUCUCAGGUCCCCUUGGUAAUACAGUGGCUGGCCUCCAUGGCAAUGCCAUCACCAGCCCCCAGAGCAGUGUGGCUGCCUCCCCAGGAAGUCCCAGCCUGGGCCGGCACUCCACUGGCACUGUCCACAGCAAUUCAGUCACCACUCCAGGAAGUCCCAGCCUGAGCCGCCAUGUGGCAGGCCUAGGAGGGGCUGGGCCAGUGGUCCCAGGCAGCCCUAGCAUGGACAGGCAUGCAGCCUAUGGUGGUUAUUCCACCCCCGAGGACAGGAGGCCUACUCUGUCUCGGCAAAGCAGUGCUUCAGGCUACCAAGCUCCCUCCACACCUUCCUUUCCAGUCUCUCCAGCCUACUAUCCUGGUAUGAGCAGCCCAACGUCCUCCUCCCCUGAUUCUGCAGCUUUCCGGCAAGGGAGCCCUACACCUGCUUUGCCUGAGAAGCGGAGAAUGUCCGCGGGAGAUCGGGCAGGCAGCCUCCCCAAUUAUGCCACCGUCAAUGGAAAAGUGUCCUCAUCCCCUGUGUCCAGCGGCAUGUCCAGUCCCAGUGGUGGCAGCAUGGUCUCCUUCUCUCACACCCUUCCUGACUUUUCCAAGCUCUCCAUGCCAGACAACAGUCCCGAGAUCCGGGCUAAUGUUAAGUUUGUCCAGGACACAUCCAAAUAUUGGUACAAACCUGAGAUCUCCAGGGAGCAGGCCAUCACAUUACUUAAGGACCGGGAGCCAGGAGCCUUCAUCAUUCGGGAUAGCCACUCCUUUCGGGGAGCUUAUGGCUUGGCCAUGAAAGUGGCAUCUCCUCCUCCCACAAUCCUUCAGCAGAGUAAGAAAGGAGACAUGACCAAUGAGCUUGUGAGGCAUUUCCUGAUUGAGACUAGCCCCAGAGGGGUGAAGCUAAAAGGAUGUCCGAAUGAGCCAAACUUUGGAUGUCUCUCUGCUCUGGUCUACCAGCACUCUAUCAUCCCAUUGGCUCUACCCUGCAAGCUGGUCAUUCCAAACCGAGAUCCAACAGAUGAGACAAAAGAUAGUUCAUCUGCCAAUUCUACUACAGAUCUACUGAAACAGGGGGCAGCCUGCAAUGUGCUUUUUGUCAACUCUGUUGACAUGGAGUCGCUCACGGGGCCCCAGGCCAUUUCUAAAGCCACAGCUGAGACACUGGCUGCAGAUCCCACACCGGCUGCCACUAUUGUCCACUUCAAGGUCUCUGCCCAGGGGAUUACGUUGACAGACAACCAGAGGAAGUUAUUCUUCAGGCGACAUUAUCCCCUCAACACUGUGACCUUCUGUGACUUGGACCCACAAGAGCGGAAGUGGACAAAAGCAGAGGGGGGUGUGCCUGCUAAGCUCUUCGGUUUUGUAGCCAGGAAGCAAGGCAGCACCACGGACAACGCCUGUCACCUUUUUGCGGAGCUAGAUCCCAACCAACCUGCUGCAGCUAUUGUCAACUUUGUUUCCAAGGUCAUGCUCAGUGCUGGCCAGAAGAGAUGAACCUGCCAGGGGCCAGGGCAGCUGGGCUUGGGGCACAUGGGGAAGGGGACCUUUGAAUCCAGAAGGAAGGUGUGGGGCCAAUUUUUGGAGAAGGAGAGAGGAAAGUGCAGUGCGGGAAGAGGAAAGUGAAUUCAGAGAGGAGAAGGAGGAGAGAGGAAAAAAUGGAGGGAAGAACAACAUAGAGCCUAUCGGAUGAAUGGAAACUUAAAAAAACCCCAAACCAACAACCUAAUACCCAAAAUACUCAACUAACCAAGCCCACGUGACCUCCUUCCUACCCCAUGGGAUUUUUCCAUGGGGGAAGGGGUGCAAAGUGGGAAAUUCCUUUUGGGAUUUUCUUUUAGAACCAUUGUUAAAGUAGAUUCCCAUCUCCCUAACUUAACCUUGCAAGGAAAAAAAAAACCACAAGCUGAGAGUCCUCUUUUGGUCACCCAUGAGGUGUAUUUAUCAAACAAAGUAGGAGGGAAAUUUAAGACAACCAUUUUUUCCUUUAAUAAGUAUCACAUAUCCCAAGGUAUACUAAGGUCUCUUUGUUCUGCAAUGGCUAAGCAUAUGUAUAAGUGCCUGCGUGUAUUAGACAUAUAAUUCCAAAUUCAGCUAUAUAGAUGAUAUGCGCAUGAAGUUGUCUUUCCUCCCCAAAGACGAUCUGUGUCUCCUGGGGUCACUGUAGGACCAGGAAUAUAGCAGGGGGCCUAUCUCCCUACUCAGAAUCACCAUGGAUUGUGGAUGUCAACUUGGGACCUCCUUUCAUCCCAUCUAAUCAGCUCUGGCAGCCUUUGGAUGGUUCCUCAUUCUCCUCCUCAGACAUACAAGAGCAGGAAGCAGAUAUCUGCCACUUAAGAGCACUGCAUUAAGGAUUUCCCCAUACAAGCCAACACCCUUGCUUUGUCAUGGCCUCGAGGCUGGGGAACUUUGGUUUGGGGGAGAUGUGCAAACCCAAAACCUUCAGGAGGGUCUGGAGAGAGUUGGGAGAACUGGACAAGAGAAGAGGCAGGGGAUGCUGAGCCCUGACCCAUGGUCCUCUAGACAUGUGGGGCAAGACUUGUCCCUCCCAUUCUCCCUCGGGCCAGCUGCUGCCCCUGACAUCUCCUACCCCACUCUUUGUGCCUUGUAUCCUGAACCUUUUCCUGGAUCUAGCUUCUUAGACUUGCUCACAAGAUGAUGCCCAUUGGGAUCACAGGGAUUUAGCCAUCCUGCCCUAUUGGAAGCUAUGAAUCCUGUUGGACUCUUCUUCAGAAAGGUCUGCCCAAUUUUGCCUUCAGGAAGUUCAAGGGGGAAGACUCAACCCUUGUCCUCCUCUCCACAAGUGCUUUAGAAGUGUUUGGCUUUCUCUGUGGCAUGCAGGCUCGGCCUCCCUGGAGAACAGAUACCCGUCACCAUCCUGGCCGGGCCAGACUAUGUUGGGCCUCAGACUUGGUCACAUCUCCAGGGUAGACUACUUUACAAUGCCAAAGUCCCUCUUUCCCCCUCCCUUGUAUCUCCAAAAGAACCAAGCCAUGUGGGGUAGAAGGCAUGAAAGCAAGCCUAGGAACCCAGGGUCCCUGCUGUGAAAGCCCCAUACUUCCGAAGACACCCAAACCAGAAAUAAGAACUCAUUGUGAUCCAAUGCUUUGGCUCCCCAAGCCCACUUGGGUUCCCUAGUGAGUGGUGUUGUACUGAUAUAUAAAUAUAUAUAAUAUAUACAUGAGAUAUGCUGAUGGAAUACUGUAAGCUAAUCAAGUUUAAGAAAAGAAAAAAAGACAGGUAAAUUGACAAGAAAUAUUUAUUUUUUUUCAUUUUGCUUUAUCGCCUUUCUUUGGGCAUAUACUGUAUCCCACCCCUUCCUGUAUGGACUCUUGUAUGUAUAACUAAAGCCUGAGAGAUAAGAGACCUUAUAUUUGAAUUAUCCUUGAACCACCUCCCACCAACCUUGUCCUUCAUUAUAUUCAUGAGGUGGGGGGUGUGGAAGUUGAGUGGGUUCAUCCCAGGGUAAGGUUGUAUACAUCCAUUCCCUUCAUCAUUAGCCCCUUAAGUUUCCCUUUCAGCCCAAGGCUCAGCAGCUCCUAGAGCACCCUCGAUAUGAGGAGCUGAACCCCAUUGCCAAAGGCCCUUUGCGUGUGUUCUUGCGCAGAGGUGGAGGUUUCAGGAUGUGCGUGGAGGAUGUGGAUGGUGUGUGUAUUAUUACUUGUGUAUCUUUUCAUAUUUUCCCCUUCAAAAUACUGUAAGUGCGUGGCAAUGCUGUUUCAGGGAGUUGGACAUGAGAAUGGUUUGUAGAAGGUAGGGAACAGAGGUGAACCACACUCCCCAUCACCUGCUCCCCAUUAGUAAGUAAGACUAUGAGUUUGUGACUGAAGUUGUUCAAAAGUUUCCUUCCUUUUGAGAAAUUCAAGCUAGACACCUGAAUUUUUUAAAACCUUUUCCUUACUUCCCCAUCAACACUAGCUCUGCGCCCAAAAAGGGAAAGACGUAUAUUUUGCUCUUUGUCAAGUCAAGACUUUUCCACCUUCAUUUUACCACUGCUCAACCUGAAGAAUUCUGGACUCCUGGUCUGGAUCCUUCAUCACAGCUUCAUAUCAGAUGGAUUGCCAGACACCUUCAUCACCCAGCUCCACAGCCCUUGGCUAAGAUCUGGGAUCGGCCUUCACAUUUGCUUCUCUCUCACCUUGUGUCCACUGGCUGUCUUAUUUCCUAGUCUUGUUUCAGGCCAACCCUGAUGACCCUGUUUUUGAGGGGACUCUGUUUAAAGUUUGAAAGCAAAAUGUCCCCACAUAUCAACCAAGACUACUCUAAGAAGAACCAACUUCUUAGAACCUAAUGUUCCUAAUCUGGACAUGUUUAGAGGUACCUGGAGUCAUUAGUUUUGACUUUCCAGGGGGCCUAAAGGGGGAGAGAAUUGUGUUCAAGUCUUGGAGUGGGCACCAUUUUUGGGUAAAGUGCUGGUAGGAUAAGACCAUGUGGAAUUAGGUGUCAGAGAUUGUAUCUCACAGGUAGGCAUGAACACACACACACACAGAGCACUGCAAUAUAUUCUUGCCAAAGAUUUCCUUUAAAAAGAAAGCACUUUUAAUUUUUUUUGUAAAUGACUGUAUCUUUCUCAUACUUUCUUCCCUCUCCCAACCCACUUUGCUGUUGAUUUAUGUUAUAUGUUGUUGAUGUCUGUUUGUUGAUCCACUUGGGAAUGUUGGAUCAUUCCAUUUUAAAGCCAGGCUGAGAUCAGGAAGGAGAGGACAAGCCCGAAAAUAGUUGACAGAGGAGAGAAGAGUGAUGAUAAUAACUGAUUUGUCUCUACUCCCUCCACACAUACCCUUGGCUUUCUCCUGCCUAGCACCAUUCAAAGUCAGGAUGAAAACUCUUAGGUUUCCAAGACAUGAUGAGGAUGUAAUAAGAGCAUCCCCAAGGGAGAGAGGAGAGGCAAAGGAAUUCUUAAAAACAAGCUAAGCUCAGUAUAGGAUUUUGGGAGCUUCUUUAUGUGUGGGAUGAGGAGGAAAAAGAAAAUGUCAGCUGAUGCUGAGAGCUCAGCAGACCUGUAGUUUGGCCAGCUUUAAAUGCUACCCCUCUCCCUGACCAGGAUCUCUUUAUUACCAUCACCUGGGCACUGUUCCCCUUUGUUCUGCCUAGCUUGUGUUUUCCUUUUGCAUUAUAAGUGGUGUGUGCAUUGAAAAAGGGCCUUCUCCCCAGUUUGCCUCCCACUAGGAAGAGAGGCCAUAUGUUAGCCUUUUGGAGAAGUCUCUCCAACCCCACAUCCAAAUCUGGGCACUUCCAUUGGGUGGACAGAAAAAAAAUUGUGGGGAAUAAUGGCCAUGUCUACUAUCAUUGAAGGUGGAAUCUCUGGGCGGGUCAGAGUCCCAGACAAGAGAAGAGGGUGGAGGUGUGUGUUGGUGUGUGUGAGAGAACCCCAUCAGAGAAGAAAUUGCUAGAAGGGCUCUCAGGAAAAGAAUAUAGGAAAUUCUAGUCACUUCGAUCUGACUGGAAUUGGACUGAGAGGUCUGUUUCCCUUCAUUGGCCCAGAGGAAGGAUUGACAUGUGAGGAGAAUUUGGUCUAGGCUGCCCAUCCAAUGAUCAUCAUCUCUUUGUCUAUCCUGGUCCAGAUCUCUUCUCUGCUUUGCCUUCCCCAGCUUCAGCAACACUGGGUAGAAGGCAGGGUUCUUGUCUUUCAGCCCUGGCACAUCCCAGGCCGAGACCCUUUAUCUGCUGAGACUCUGGAGUUUCCUUCCAUAACAUAGGAAAGGUGGGUGUGAGUAUAUAUGUGUAUGUGGGUGUGUGAUACCUAUCAUUUUAGGGAAUGAGUGUGCAUAUGUGUAUGGGAGGAUGUGUGUAUGGGGAUGGGUAAUAAUUGCAGGAGGCAGUGAAAAGUCUGGUACGAAAUUACCUUCAGGCAAAAGGAAUUGGGAGGUGAGGCCCAGAGGGCCACCUAGUUGGCUUUAGGCUCAAUCUUGGUUUUAUUUGCCUGGUUGAUGGAGAAAAUCAUUAGGCAGAGUGAGGGUCCUGGGGUUGUUCUGCUCCUCCCUAAGCCCUAUUUCCUAGAGUCUGGGAAGUAUGGCAGGGCUUUCUUUUCUUCCCAUUCCUGUGCUGUUCCUAGCAGCCUGAAUCUUGUUGGGAGGAUGUUCCAAAUUAAUUUUCUAAUCAGUGUUAAGUGGUUUGGAACGUGUGUGUGUGUGUGUGUGUGUGUGUGUGUGUGUGUGUGUGUGUGUAAGUGCACAGAUGUUUGUUGUGUUUUUGUUUCCCCCUCCUCCUGUCUCAAAUGUCAUUGAAAGCAAAUGUAAGAAAUCCCUCCCCCCACUAGCCCUCCCCCAGAAAAAUAUAAUAACCCUAUCCUUUCCUAUUCCCCCAGCUAUGUAUUUAUAUAGAUGGAAAUAUACUUUCUAUUUUGUAUUGUUGUGCCCAUAACCUUUGCCACCUUGUAUAAAAUCUGACUUAUGUUACUCAUCCCGGGUAUGAAUGUAUUGUAUACUGAUGCUCUCUUCCCACUCUGUACAGCGGCCUUUGUUUCUUUGCAACCCAUUGUAUGGCUUUAUCAAUGAUAAAGUUUAAAAAAAUAUCCA